AUCCUGCCGGUGAUUGAGCUCGCUAAAGCCUAGUGGUGUAUAAGAAAACGGAAGCGCGCGCCCCCAAUGCCCCCGACCAACCCUUCCAACGAGAUUCCAAGCCCGCUACCCAUUUCGGCUCCACGCCUCUCGCUCGCGCGCGCCCCGAAUCCCGUCGGCCAAUCCUUCCACGCCCACCGCCGGCCUGCAGCUCCAUCCCUCUUGCUCGCGCGCCCGGAACAGCAUCAGCCAAUCCUUCCAACGAGAUUCGAAGCUCGCCGCCGCCGCCGUCCGCUGCUCCACCCCUCUCGCUGGCGCGCUGCCACUCCGACGACGACGAGGAAGAAGCUGACGAUGGCGAGGACGGCGAAGGAGAAGCAAGCCGGCGGAGCUGAAACAAUGGAAGUGCUCCUCGGCAGGUCACCUGAGAUUCCUAGCAAGAUGGUGAAUGAUUGGGAAAGAAUAGUCCCGGACUUCCGCAGCGGCGACGAAUCAACACUUCAUCCAGGAAAUGACCUCCUCGUACAAGCCCUGCAGCAUUAUUUUGGUAACACAUAUUUGGUGCAGCCAGUACAUGACAUGGUUGGUUUCUGGGGAUCUAAGAUGGAGCAAGCUGCAGAGUUGAUACGCCCAGGUGAAAAGGGUCGAAAAUACAUAUUUCUCCUGAAUAACACAUGUGUUGUUCGUCAAAUGGUGCGGCGUCCAGGAGCAUCUUUCCCCAAUGUAGAACCCUUGCUCACUUCAAUGAUGAAGCGAUACAAAAAGUGCUACUUGGACGAGUGUUGGGCUCCUCUCAAGUGUUUAAGCUCGGAUGAGUUUACCGCCGAAUUUCUAGCCACCUGUAAUCGCCAGAUGACGUGGAAGGUUGCAGCCGAGCUCAGGUACAAACUGCGGAAAGAGAUUUUGGAAUUGAUCGCUCCACCGUACGACGGAAGCCGUGUGAUAGACAUAGACGGGUUAUUUGAAGGAUGAUGAACAGCUAAGCUAAUGGGGAGGAGCCGAGGGGGACACUGGAGUUUGCACACGGCCGUUGCACUCGUGGGUGGUGGAGGAGGAAACGCUAAUGCCAACUGUAACUUCUCGUGUUUGGUACAGUACUAAAUAGCUUCCUGCCAUAUCUUGCAAGUUGCACCUGUGCCCGUAUAUUUUUCUCUCUUGUAGUUGAUUUUAAUUUUAUAGCACCUGUGAAUCUGUGAUAGAAGUAUAUAUACAUGGAAAAUUGGCAGUUUUGUUUC